AUGUUAGACCCCGGCUAUGUGCGCAGCCUCUUCACCGCCGAGGAGUGGGAGCAGAUACAGAAAAAGGUAAGCCCAUCGACCAGCCAGCCAGCCGCGCAGCCACACUGCACUGCACCCCAGCAAACGACGGUACAUUGCCCUUCUCUCUGUCUGUCUCUGUGUGUGUGACGGCCGCAGAGGGAGCGCCGCUGGGAGAUGGUGGCGAGGGACACCGAGCUGGCCGAGCAGCAGCUGAGGGAGAUGGAGCGGCGCUGGGAUGCCGAGAGGAAGGAGUCCGACAGGAAGUUGCGAGAGACCCAUGGGCCCACGUUUGUUGAGCGCCGCCGGAGGAAGGUGGGGCUGAGAUUGAGGGGCGAGAUUACGUCGGUGCCGCUGCUGCAGGUGUGUGAGGCCACGCCACCCGUACCUUCGUUGCCCAUUUCUCUAGCCGCUCACACACUCCCUUGCUGCGUCUGUGUGUGUGGCUUCUUUCCUCCCUUGCAGUCCACUCCCGACAAGAUGACCCUGGAGGAGUUGGUGCACAAGGUGAGGGACAAGCCCUGCCUGCCGGGCGAGGCGGCUGUCCGCCUGUUUGUCGGGGACGUGCCCGUGGCGGGCUGCGACCAGCUUGAUGACGACGACUGCGUCGAGGUGGAGGUCAUCCCACCCACCACCUCCCCCGCCACAGCGCCAUCACCAUCGCCCCGUGACAGAAGCCCCUCCCCCGUGCCCAGCCAGUCGCCAUCAGACUCGAGCAGCGUCAGCCCCCGCCACAGGACGCCCAGCGGAGAACUCCUGCUGAGAUCUGACACUUCUCAGCCCUCUCCCCCUACCAACACCAGCAGCCCAAGCAGCACCAGCUCCACCAGUAGCACCACCGACGGCACCGCCAAGGAGGCCCACUCUUCCCACGACAAGGCCACGACCAUCACUGAGCCAGAGCUGCCCUCCCCGCCGCCCCCCCAACCACAGCAGCAGCACCAGCCGACCAGCUCGAGUUGGUGGUGGAACUGGGACUACUUCGUGUCAUGCUGCUGCUGCUGCUGCUGCCCGUGGCGGCGGGAGGCCAAGUGUUCCUCCCGACCGCCACAACUAACUGACCAGACUGCUUGGAGGGGAGGGAGGAGGGAGGGGUUUGUGUGCGUUGAUCCCCGUCAGCCCCUCCCCGGUGGACAUGCCGCCAACUGCGUCUCGCGUCAGAGGCGGAGGCGGAAAGGAGCGGGGUGAGGCAUGCCAACCGGCGAGUCAUGUCUCAGUGCCCAUUCGGUGUUGACGUUUGUUGUUUCUUCUUCCAGGUCUGCCUUUAUCGGUGUCUACAUUUUAUAUCCUGGAGGCGUAUUCUCUUCUUCAC